AUAUGACCAACGUAUGUGCUACCGGCAAUCAUGAUAACCGGCCUUGAAGUCACUCCAACCGAGCGAGAGUGCAUAUUUGGAGUCGUGCUAUGGUUUCGGGCCUAUUGUCCAGGUUUCCAGGGCAUCAAGGUAUUCCUAGCUUCGAAUGCUUUAUAAAACUUACACUGCCUAUGGAUUCACUGAGCCGAAAGGUCAGCUGAAGAAACUAGAAGUCAAAUGGAAGGAUCCCCAGAAGAAUGAAGUUGUCGUCAAAGUUCUUGCGUGUGGCGUUUGUGGCAGUGACGAUGUAGUUCAAGAUCAGGCAUUCCCCACCGGUCUCCCUCGUAUUCCUGGACACGAGAUCGUAGGCGAUGUUGCCGCAGUGCACCCGACGGAAACGCGAUUCAAGGUUGGAGAUCGAGUAGCUGCGGGAUGGCAUGGUGGACAUUGCUUCUCUUGUCAACAAUGCCUCGAAGGCGAUUUUGUGCUAUGCGAAAAAGCCGAUAUAAACGGCAUUAUCAGAGACGGCGGAUACGCAGAGUAUGCCACUCUUCGCACGGAGUGCCUCUUUCAUGUCCCAAAAGACUUGGACCCAGCGGAGACGGCUCCUUUGGUAUGCGCAGGGAUAACUGCGUUCAACUCUCUUCGCAACAUGGAUACUACACCAGGUGAUCUCGUCGCUGUACAGGGUAUUGGAGGUGUAGGACACCUGGCAAUUCAAUACGCGAAGGCUAUGGGCUUCCGCACUGUGGCAAUCUCGUCCUCGGACUCAAAGCGCGAGAUAGCCCAAAGACUUGGAGCCACUCAUUUCAUUGACGCUUCUAAGGGCUCCGUAGGACAAGCUCUUCAACAGCUAGGAGGUGCCAGGGUGGUUAUGUGCAAUGCACCUAACACUAAAGCAAUGGAGGACGCACUGAUGGGACUUCGUCCGAAAGGGCAGCUCCUCUUGAUCGCACUGGAUAGAGGUGCAGUCACAGUGCCAAUCUUCCCGCUUGUAAGCAAGCGUAUCUCUGUUCGAGGCUGGGCUGUUGGGACCGUGAAGGACAAUAUCGAUUGUAUUGCCUUCUCACAACUAGCUGGAAUUAAGUGUCUCGUGGAGAGAUUCCCUUUGGACAAGGCUCAGGAAGCAUAUGAUCAUCGUGCCUCGGCGAAGUUCAGAGCCGUUAUUGUGCCUUGAGUGCGUUCGAAAUACACAGGACAUAAUGCGGGGACGACUGGAAUAGGACAGCAACUUUUUCUAUGGAGGCUGGAGCUUCAGGAAAUCGAUUUCUGAACUGUUCUUAAUAUUCUGAGGUUUCGCAUGAGGAUCGCAUUGCAUGACUGUAAUAUCGACUUUAUGUGAGUAGUGUCACUGAAUACAAGCGAUGAUAACAGUAUCUUACCUGUGUGGCUUAUGACUUCAUUCAAAUCGCUCUGAGGAGGACGCGAAAACAAGUUCAUAUUUCUGAGAACUUAGAUAGGUACCAUGUUCGAGAUAUGAUCGUCGUCCUCAACGUCUUAGAAGACAUCUAUGCUUGCUUCAUGCUUGA